AUGGUAAUUCAGUCAUUCACAUUUGGAAUCCCUCUCUCUCUCUCUGCUGUGUUAACUCUCCCGCCAUAUUCUUUCCCCUAUUGCGGUUGUUAUGAAAUCUCUUUCCGGUUUGGGUUUGAUCCCAAAACCGAGGAUUACAAAGUUGUUAAGGUCACAGGUCUCAUUGAAGAAAUCGAAACCGAAGCAUCAGUAGAAGACGAUGUUCCUAGUUUUCUACAUGUCAUCAAAAAGUGGUUGCAAGUUGAGAUUUACAGCAUGAGAAAGGGUUCAUGGAAGUUAAUCACUCAAAGGUUUCCAUCUCACAUCACGAGGAUUUUUGAUAAUGAUAAGGCCUGUGUAGAUGGCCAUGAUGGGCGUCUUCAUUGGGUUGGUCAUACUAAUGAGAAGCUUGAUUCAGAGUUGAUUGUGGCAUUUGAUUUGGGUUCAGAGACAUUCCGUGAGAUGACUCUUCCGGAUUCUAUACUGGAUUACGAUCGCUCCAACGCUUUAGGAGUUUUGGGGGGAAAGCUUUGUGUGAUGUCAAGGAUGGGGAUGCUGAAAUCCAGGUGUGGGUGA